AAAACCAAACUUUAUCUUUUCUCUCCUGCUUACCUGUUUUCUCUCUCUUUCGGGUCUUGUCACUCAAAAGCCCAAAACCAACCAGAUCUCGUCGCGCCGCUCGUCGCGCUCUCGUCACCGCCGUGUCGUCGCUGAUUAUGUAGAGGACUGUUUCGGCGCCGCUCGUGGCCGAGGUCGUCGCCGCGUCCGGCUGUCAGUCAUUCGUCGCCGCUCGCGCGCUCAGCUCGCUCGCCGCCACCGUUUGUUCUCCACCGCCGCUCGACGAAGUUCGCCGCUGCCGCUUCAAAUUCUUAAGGGAAAAAGGGAAGGCAAACUAAAGGGUGAAAUCAAGAAUCGAGGAAUCAUGCUACAAUUCCCAGCAUUCAUGAGACAGUUCCCAUCUCCUCCCCUUCUCCCUUCCUCCACCCUUCUCCCUUUGUGGGCUUUCUCCCACAACGACGAGCUUCUCCUUGCUAUGGAGGAGUCUGAACUCGAAGACAAGUGGAGUGAAAUCAGAAAGAUAAAUAGCAGUGUGCCGGUGAUUGGGAAGAUUAACACUGAUUACAAGGAAGAUUUUGAUGCUGACGCAGAAGACGAUGAUCCAGAUAACGUGGAUGAGUCUGAGGGUGAUGAAUUUGAGCAGGAAGCAGGUUGAAGAUAUACCGCAUGAACAUUGUAAUUUAGCUUAGCUUCUAUAAAACGCAAACUGAAAAUUGUGUGGUUCUAUGAAUUUGCAAGUAGUUAGCCUAUCACAGAGGCAUCAAAUUUGGCUUGUUGGUCGCCUUUCAAGUUUCCUGCCUUUGGUGUUGUUUUUUGUGUUUCGCUGAGGUUCUUAGAUUCACUUGCAAUCUUGAUGCACAUAGUGUAUUUUCUAUAAAAAUGAAAUUUGUUGGAGUUUUUACUGCUCCGUGGAAAUGCUUUUAAUCCU